AUGACGGAAAGUUUAAAGGCAAGUUUUAUUGAGUCCUUGGGUCUGAGACUAGAGGCCUUGUUGCCAAAUAGGAGCGGUUAUUCUCUUGAUGAAGUCGAGCUUAAUCCACAGUUUAUCUCCACUGUCAACCUUCUCUUAUGUUGUGCAAAAGCCUCCCCAAAUAACGGAAACCAAAACUUUGUAUCCGAAAUUAUAGAAGUUUUUGUAUCCCUCAUAGAGAAGUUGAACAUUGAUCCCACGACUCGGAGAUUGCGAGAGCGAGAUGAAAAGUCCUUGACGUCCACAUUGGCGGUAACAAAAUUGCUCUCUGCCUUGCUCCGACUCAAUUGGGAUGACACGAAAACACCCGAAGAUUUUUCUAUGAACAAUGGCGUUUGCUAUGACUAUGAGAUUGCUCACAACCCUGAUUGCUUGGAUUUGUAUUCUUGUCCACCUCCACCUCCACUUGCGAUUAACGUGUCAAAUUAUCUUGAUGUGUUGCUUUCUAUUUUGUCGGGUGAAGUGAACAGACAUGCUUUGGCAGCAAUACGCAGAGUAAGACCGGAAACCCUUAGUAAUCCCGAGUACUUUGUUGCGACUAGCCCAGAAUACUCGCACGAAGAAAUGCUUUCUCAUAUUAUUGCGAUUGAUCGAUACAUUAGCAUUGUAUUGCGCUAUAUCGCAGCAGCUAACCCGCAUGAUUAUUUUGCAUUUUUGAAACGAAAAGUGUUUGCUUGGUCUGAACGGAACGAGCUAAUUCCAACUUCUGCAAUGCAAAAAUAUGCGUGUCUGCUAAGAUACUUAUACUGCACGCCAGAGAUCACCAUCUCUCAUUUGCGACGAACAUACACCGCAAUUCCUUUUAUACGCUCUACAGUAUGGAAGGAGCUUUUCCUAUACUACAAUUCCUUGAACUUACAAGCUCAAUGUGUUUAUAGACCUGACUUCUACUCGAAAAACAUAUAUCCUGGGAGUGCAGCAGAGCAAAACUGCAAGCUUUUGUUCGAUUUUGUGGUGACAGUUUUUGACGAUCAGUCGGUUGUGGCGCCAUCGCUUUCUUCAUGGCUUGUUCUUCCGUGCGUUUCAGAUUUCGACGAGUUUUUGUCGAAACCCAACAAACUCAAGCAGUCAUUCAACAAGCGAAUAAAGUUCUUGGCUAGUUUGAUUCGUGAUGCACGUUCAGCCAACGAUUUAAACUGCUUUGAAUGUUUGAUUGACAUCUUUUACCUAGGCUCUCGCAUUCCUUAUGUAUCAGGUGGUGUUCGAGAGUUCACAGCACGUUAUCUUGAUGAAACGUAUACAAACUUGCAGAAGAUACGCCCGAAGCUAAAUACCGAUGCAGACCAAAAGAGGUUUAGUAUUGUGCUUGUGAAGUUUCUUGUUUCUGCCAUUGUUAUCAACAAAGAGAAGUAUGUGUCUCAUUUCUUUGAAGUCAUAAAGGAAAAGAUUGAUCAAUUGGAUGACAUGCGCAUGGACACAAGCUUCUGCAGGGAUGUUCAGAUUUACAUUCGGGUAAUCAAAGAAUUGUCGGAACCUGCUUCUUACUCCUCUGUGUUUGAGGAAUUAAUGUCUGAGUUGGCCCCCCAGUUAAGAGAGUUGGUUCUUUGUUUGUGUCAACAGUUAGAGGAUUUUGACUCUGCGAGAGAUCUCAGCUCACUCUCCAGAUCAGAAUCUUCCUUGAAGCUUGCAUCGCCAAAGACUUUGUCGCCUAAAAUAUCGUAUCAAGGAAGUGAAAAUAAUACUCCUUUAGAAGCCGCUGUUUCAGUAUCUAAGGGUCUGUCUUCUGGAAAAACCACCGUUGAUUCAUCAUUUGAUAAAAAUAACACUGGUGAUAUAUCAUCCAUUGAGCCUAACUUGGAAUGUGUUGGGAUCUGGGAAAAGAUUUUAUCAGACUUGCUACUCGUUUUCACCGCAGCACCACAGAGAUUCUUCAUAUGCGGGACAUAUGAUACGAAAGCUCCUUUGGAGGAAGUAUCUUCGGAGCUUUUCAUGUUCGCACGUCAUGUCUCAUCACCUAUUGGAAUUGCGUGUAAGUUCAAAAGUGUUGUUGGUACUUCUAUUUUAUUCGACUCCGCAUGUUCAUUAUCUAUGACAUUAGUAAGAAAAGAUACGAAAGAUCUCGAAAGUACCGAGACGAGGUCAUGCACCACUGCCCUUAUUCGCAUUUUUGUGAUCCAAUCCACAGCUGAGGCCUGCGCUUGCCUCUCUUUAGUGGACCCUAAGUUCAAGUCCUGUUUUGUUUUCUUAAACAGAUUUUUACAGGAGAUUAACCUUUCACACAAUGUGACCAAUGCUAGCAAGAUGUUCGGCAAUGACCUUAUACAUAGAAAUUGCUCAUCAGUGGUGCAAUCUGUUGAGAUAAUUCUCUUAUUGGCAUUAUGUACACAUGAUGUACAAUUUUUCAGUGUGGCCAAAAUCUUCAUGAAAUGGCAUAUUUUGGAGAUGAACAAAAUAUUGCAACCUGCCUUACCCUCAGAAGAGAAUCUAUUCAAAACUUUGGGAGACAUUUUGAGCGACAAUUUGGCGUUCACGGGGCUUGUUUCACUCCAUAAGAGGAUAAGAUCUAUUCUCAUGAGUGCAAGACCAACCAUAUCGUUGUAUCGUGUUUGGGUCUUGGUUUAUGAAAGAUGGCUUAAACUAGUUGCCGAGAUUCCGGAGUCUGGAGAAGAGAGUCUUGUUUUCCGUAAUUUUACUGGAUUUUUGGUUUGUACAUCAGGCUGCUUUUUUGCAGACAGUUUCGCAAAAGCCCAUCCUGUGGAGAAAGAAAUUAUCGUUUCAAAAGUUUCAUCUUUCUUUGAUAAAGCGAUUGAUUUAUCGGACUCUGACGACUUAGUCACCCGUGUGGUAAUCAAAGAAGCCUUAUCUAAUGAGCCUCACCCAGAUGUGUUCUUUAUGAUAGGUGAAAAACUAACAAAGGUUGCUGCUUCAUACAUUGAGGCUGGGGUAGCUACAGAGAAAGCGAUACUCUACAUGGAGCAAAUGAUAUCUAUUACUACGGCGAUGGUAGCGCUGAGUAAUGAUGGCUCAUUCACAUUAACGGUUGUAUUACCCGACUUCAGCGAGUUGUUAGUAAAGUUCAUUGAGUUUGUACCGAACUCUGUGCAGCAAAUUAAAUUGAAGCUCCGAUUUUGCAAGUUUGUCCAUACUGUGGAAUCGUCAAGGAGUGAUUUUGGUUUCUCUGGGGACUAUAAAACUAGAAAUGCCUUUGCGAAAAUCUCAUUGGAUUGGCUUGAGCAAGCACUCUUUGGAAAGACUAGCUCUGAAUCAGACCUGUCCACCUAUGCUCUGUUGGACCUUACAUCCCCAGCAUCCGCAAAUCCGAGCAUAGUUUCUAGCAGCAAGACGUCGGAAAUCGAAUACUUAAAUGUUGAGCUUGCCAGUGAAUGCUCCAAGGCUCUUGUAUUACAGUUGGAAUACUUAAUUUUGGAGGUCCCAGAAGGUACUAAGGAGAAGAAUAUCAAGCGCAGCAGAAAUUUGAUUUUUUCGAAUUAUUUUUCUUUGUUCUAUAAGAUUUUGCAAAAGCAUACAUCUACAAGUCCUAGUCCAUUGAUGAUAAGGUCAAAGUAUAAGAUUCAAACAAUCACGGAUCAUGUGUUGAAGUCCAUUUCGAAUGUGCUUCAAGCGAACGGUGAAGUUGGAAUGCAGUUUGUUCUUCCAUUGGGCUACCAUGAAAAUAAGAAAAUUCGAUCUUUUUUCUUGAACAUUUUUGCUGAUAUGCUAAAAUCACGAAAACAACACCCCACUGAUGAAUAUCUGGAUGAGAUGGUCUGGAUGUUGGCAGAAUGCUAUGAUGUUGUUGGGGCAGUGGCUUUCGUGGCAUCACCUGCUGAGCACAAUCUAUUGGCAACCUCGCUUCAUGGAGUAUUUAGCUAUACUUCGAAGUUAGAUGUUUUGUUUUUAACAUUGUUGAGAGAAGAGGUUAGCAGUAUAUCUCGGUCUUCUGAUAUUUUUAGACGAAACAGUACACUCACCCGAUUAAUGUCAAUUUUUUGCAAAAGAAGAUGGGUUGCCCUAUUUAACUGUUGUCUUGAAGCCAUUUAUUGA